CAGCCCAGCCCAUGAAUCUUCUUCUUCCUCAAUCUUCCCUACUCAAAAGCCGCAAUUUUUUUCAAUGGACAGUAGAUUCGUUCUGCAGGUAAGGCGUUAAAAGCUUAUAUUUUCUUAUUCUUGAAUGAUCUUUGUUGUUUGUUCACUGAAAUGACAUCAAUAAUAAGAAGAAAUCAAUCCUUAAAAACAAUCUUCAGAAACCCAAAAGAUCCAUUUUUUAACCCAAUUUACAAAAUCCCAUACAGGGUAUUGAACCAAAAACCCUUUUCGACCCAUUCUUCUAAAUUCCCAGAAUAUGAAAUGCCAACAGUAACAUGGGGUGUAGUCCAAGGGCGUAAGGAGAAGUUGGUGUCACGUGUAAUAAUCUCUGAUUAUUUGAAAACUAUAGGAAUAAUCCCUCAUGAAUUAGAGGAGUUGGAAUUACCCUCCGCUGUUGAAGUUAUGCGGGAGCGUGUUGAGUUUUUGCAGAAAAUUGGUCUCACAGUUGAUGAUAUGAAUGAAUAUCCUUUAAUGCUUGGUUGUAGUGUGAGGAAAAACAUAAUUCCUGUUUUAACAUACUUGGAGAAAAUUGGGCUUCAAAGGUCUAAGCUUGGUGAAUUUAUUAAGAUUUAUCCUCAAUGUUUACAUACUAGUGUCGUCGUCGAGCUUGUUCCGGUUAUUAAAUUUUUACGAGGUCUUGAUGUUGAGAAACAAGAUAUUGGGUAUGUUUUGAUGAAAUAUCCUGAGUUGUUAGGGUUUAAACUUGAGGGAACAAUGAGUACUUCAGUUGCUUACUUGGUUAGUAUAGGAGUUAAUCCGAGGGAUGUAGGGCCGAUGGUAACACAAUAUCCAUAUUUUCUUGGGAUGAGAGUUGGGACAAUGAUUAAACCACUUGUGGAUUAUUUGGUUUCAUUGGGUUUGCCGAAGAAAAUGUUGGCGAGAAUGUUGGAGAAGCGAGCAUAUUUACUUGGUUAUGAUCUUGAAGAGACGGUGAAACCAAAUGUAAAUUGCUUACUCAGUUUUGGACUUAGGAAGGACACUUUGCCUUCUGUUAUUGCACAAUUUCCACAAAUUCUAGGUUUACCUUUGAAAGCUAAGCUGUCGUCGCAACAAUAUUUCUUUAACUUAAAGCUUAAGAUUGAUCCUGAUGGUUUUGCUCGAGUCAUUGAGAAGAUGCCACAAAUUGUCAGUCUACACCAACAUGUGAUAAUGAAACCAGUCGAGUUCCUUGUUGGACGGGGAUUUUCAACGGCUGAUGUGGCAAAGAUGAUUGUAAAAUGUCCUCAGUUAGUUGCUUUGCAAGUUGGCCUCAUGAAAAAUAGUUAUUACUUUUUCAAGAGUGAUAUGGGCCGACCAAUGGAAGAGCUUUUGGACUUUCCAGACUACUUCACGUAUAGCUUGGAAUCAAGAAUCAAACCCAGGUACCAGAGGUUGCAGAACAAGGAAAUCAGAUGUUCUUUGGGUUGGUUUCUCAAUUGUAGUGACCAAAGAUUUGAAGAGAGAUUGUAUGGUGAUUAUAUAGAGCCUGAAAGUUCUGGUCCGUCAUUUUGUAUGGGUGGGAAGUUAGAGCUACCAGGCAAUGAGAUUGUAUCAGAAGAGGAAGAUGACAGUGAAGAUGAAACACUAUAUAGACGCACUGUCUCUUUGUAGUGUACUUUGUAACAUUCGUGAAUUGGGUAUAAAUGCAACUUAUUCUUUUCUCCCUCAACUGUUGUUCGAUAUGUCCAGUGUCCACUGUGGGAGCACACAUUUUCUGAAUUGAUGUUACGCAGGGCAAAAUAUAUCUUUAACUGAGACUUGAUGAAAGGCAGCAUGGAUGUUUGAGACUCAGUGAGAUUGACAAGCUCAGCAUAAACUUGUUUCAACCAUAUAAAGCGAAGUGCCAUUCAAAGACUGAUCUGAUCAGUGAUCUCCUCCAGAAUCUCUGUCGAAAAAUCUCCCUCUUGUGUGAGUUAUAGUUGCUAUCCUGAAGGUGGUCUCAAGACAAGCAAUGAUGAUGAAAAUGCUUUAGAAUUAGUAUCUGAUCAACUUGGUUCAUCAAAGAGUUCAGACAAUUUACCGCGUUCUCAAGCUAUUGAGAUAAACCCAUUUCCUACUUCCUCUCUCAGGGGUGUUUGUGCUAAUGAUUCAGGCUUUGGUUUAAAUGAUUCUUUUGAGUCUGAAUCUGAUGAAGAACCUUUGCUUGACAUGGGUUUUGGUCACGCAGCAUCUUUUAAUGAAUUUAGGAGUUCAUUACCGCCAAUACAGGAAGAGAUGGAAGCUGGAGAUCAUCUUGCGUACACAGCAACUGACACAGACCUUCUGCAUCUGGGUGGGAAUGGAUCUGAACCCU